GCUUUGAGAAUGUACCAGUGUAGAAGGAUCUCUGACUGCUCAACUUCCAGAAGCAUUGCUGGUGAUGAAGAAAACUUACCUUAAGUUUCUGCAUUUCCUCCCUGGGAAAGAGUCUACUCUCUUGUCAGACUGAAGAACAUAAUUCUUCCUCUUAUCAGGACUAGUAGAUUUUGACAAAGAAAAUUCCAUCAGGUAUAAAACGCCAAGAAUACUCCAAAGGAGGAGGACAUUAAGUCUGGUUCCAAUACGGAUUUGGCCAUUUUCUUCACUCGUGACAAUCAAUAGUGUUGUAAUAGCUUUACGUUUAGCUGAGUGAGGAUUUGGAGCUCUCAGACGCUGAUGCUAGAGAUUCUUGAGUUUUCAGAAAGAGUUUUCAUUUGAGGAUAAAGAAGAGCUUGCGAACAGUACUAAGGAUAUUGAUGCCAGCCUUCUAGCUGUGCUGCCAAAAGUUUCUGAAUUAAGAAAACUCUUUGAACCAAGCAGUCAGGAUACCUUGGAAAUGAAAAGGAAAGAGAGGAUAGCUAGGCGUUUAGAGGGAAUUGAAAAUGAUGCUCAACCCGUCCUUUUACAAAACUGUCCUGGAUUGGUUACCCAUCGGUUGCUAGAAGAAGACACACCAAGAUAUAUGCGUGCAACAGACCCAUAUAGUCCUCACUUUGGAAGGUCAAAUGAAGAAGAAACUUCAGAUUCUUCAGUAGAGAAUCAGCCUAGAUCCAGAUACCAAGCAGAAUCCACUGGAGGAAAAACAAAGCCAUCUUCUUACAGUCCAUUAGGCAUGGAUUCCCAAGGGCUUGAGUCCAAAGCAGAAAGGAUAGCUAGGUACAAGGCAGAGAGAAGACGUCAGUUGGCUGAAAAAUAUGGACUCUCAAUAGAUUCAGAUGUGGACUCUGAAUAUUCAUCCAAAUAUACCAGGACAAGAAAAGAACAGGAUGUGGCUGAGAAGAGGGUACAGAAGAGUGAGAAAAAAGAGGAUGAGAGUAAAGAUUACGGUUCUCUGUACUUGACGAGAACUGAGAAUAAAGAACUGAGGAUUGCUGCUUCAGAGUCAAAGGAAUAUUCUGGGCAGGAGAGAGAGAGUUCUCCAGAAGGGGAAGAACUGCAUUUGAAUGAGGACAAUGAAAGAAAAGCCCCAGAGCCCAGACAUGAUCUGCUACCUGCGUCAGAGAAUUCCACGUCUUUCUCAUUUCCAAGCCAUGACUCCUCCCGAAGUGAAGUGCCAAGUUCGCCAAAGCAAACUCACAGGGCUUCCCUUACCUCACCAAAACAGCUAGUGUCACCAAGCCAUUCCCUCAAUGACACCCGACUAGGUAGUGCAGGGAAAGCAAAACUCGAUUGGUUUCUUCAGAAAGAUUCGGAUGGGGACACAGCUUCACUUAUCAACUGGCCCUCCAGAGUAAAAGUUAGAGAGAAACUGGUGAAAGAGGAAAGUGCUCGUGGAAGCCCUGAACUUCUAACAGACACUGUGUCUCAAAGAAAGAUCCGCCCAGUGCCUGUUAAUUUCACGCCUCUUCAGUCAGAAACAUCUGCUUUCCAUAGGGUUGCCAGUCAGCCACUUGGUUUGGUAUCCCAACCAACACAUGGCUAUGUCCAACCUGCAGGAAUUGCUCAUACGGCUAAACUAGUGGCAGCUGAAGAACCAGAAAGCAACCCUGGUAGCAGCCUCCCUGCACCAGCAAAUGCCAAGUUUAUAAUUAGGUCCCCACCAGAUGCUGUGAUGGAUGAUGAAAAAAGUGACUUGCUUCAGAAUCAUCAAUCCUUGAAGCUUGAUUACUGCAAUUUGGAGGCUGAGCAGGAAAGACAACCAGUUUUACCUUCACAGAUCUGUAGGCCAGAGAAGAGCAGAGAGAGCCACUUCAGAGGAGAUGGUUUUGAGAAACUUAUGGUUGGCAAGCCAAAGUCUUUGGAAGCUAAGAGAGAGCUAGAGCAUUUUAAGCAGUGGAUGCCUGGAUCUCAGAUGAAGGCUCAGGAGAACAUUGAAAGAAGCGAAAGAAUCAUGUAUCUACAAAGUGCUAAAGGGAAAGUUCAUGCUCAGGAAGAGUUACCAGUGAAGCAUAAGCUCUUUACUCGAUCGCUGUCCGAUUAUACUGGUUCUCCUAAAUUAGAAAUUUUCAGAAGUAAGGAGCACAAUGCAAAGAGCACAAUGGAAUUUCAGAGCACUGAAGCAAAGACCCAAGAAAUAAAGAUCCCCAAUGGUGAGAUAACCAUGGUUGACACAAAAGUCUCUGUAGCCCAACUCCGUAAUACCUUUUUGGAAACUGCCAGUUCCAGCAAGAAACCUGAACUUGAAACUCAUUCUGAGAUGCCAACAUCAGGUACUGAUUUAUCUGGCAGCGCUGAACACGAAAGAGGGUCACGCAGGCCGAGACGCUAUUUUUCUCCUGGGGAAAGUAGAAAGACUUCUGAGAGAUUUAGGACUCAACCUAUAACUUCAGCAGAGCGAAAAGAAACAGAUAGGUCUGCAUUCAGCCCAGAAAUGCCAGCUCCUGAUGAUGAGGAGAAAUUGGAUGAGAGAGCCAAGUUGAGUGUUGCUGCAAAGAGGUUGCUUUUCAGGGAAAUGGAAAAGUCGUUUGAUGAGAAGAGUAUUCCAAAACCACGUUCAAGAAAUUCUGCAGUGGAGAGAAGGUUGAGGCGAAUGCAGGAUAGAUCACGCACGCAACCUGUUACAACCGAGGAAGUGGUCAUUGCAGCGACUGAUCCUACCCCUGCCUCAUGUACUGUGAAUACCCACACUGUAGUGGCAAGAAUACCUAAUCCCACUGUAGUUAAGAGCACUGUACAUCCUACCAGGUUGCAGGCGUCUGCACACCAAAAGACUUCAGCUAAAGAAGAAAUAAAAGAAGCCAAAGAUGCUGUCGAACAAGAUCAGUCUGGUGAACCAGACUCCUCCACCCUGAGCUUGGCAGAAAAGAUGGCCUUAUUUAACAAAUUAUCCCAACCAAUAACGAAGGCAGUCUCUACGAGGAGCAGAGGGGACAUUAGACAAAGGAGAUCUAAAGCUCGUUACCAGACCCAACCUGUCACGCUUGGAGAGGUUGAGCAAGUACAGAGUGAGAGUGGGAAGAUUGCUCCUUUGUCUCCCACUAUUGUAACAUCAGUAUCAACCAUGGUGUCUGCCUUGUCGCCAGUCUAUAGUAAGGAUCUGCAUGUGAAGGCAGCAGAAAAUGAGACAAUCAACGAGAUCGGUAAAUCUGAUUUCAGAUACCACUCUUUAGUGGAAAACCUGGAUAGUUCAUUAAAAAACAUCCUGAAAAUGGAACGGUGGCAACCCUCGGUGGAAAUGCAAGAGAGCAACCAACAUUCGAGGGAGAUUGAAGAGGCAGAGCCCAAGGGAUUUGUGAAACGUGAAGAGAAUGGCAUUAAAAAGCACAGUUCCUUUGAGGAAGAGCCCCCACAUCCUGUUUCUGAUAAAACAGAGGACUACAACAAAGAGAUAAAAUACGCAUUCCCUAGGAAAAGCAGCAUGGAAUUGUUUAGCCCACAGCCUCUUUGUGAGCCUGCUGAACAAAAAGAAUUGGUCACUGACAUCCUGCAGCAUAAACGAGAAGUCAAAGGCCAGUCCUUUGAGGAUAUGAUGGAGUUCGAGGGAAUCGCAGCAAGACUGACCCCGCAGAGAGAGCAUGAUGAGUCAAUUUCAGAACUUGUGGGAACAGCAGGAACAAAGAGUUUUUCUCAGUCUGUGGCGGUGGUAUCCUGUAGGCAGCAGGAAACCUCUGAGCUGUUUGAAGGGAAACUGGACUCCAGGGAGAGCAAAGCUGAAAUUGCAGAGGACACCCUUGAUGCAGCCAACAAAACUAUGUCAAUUAAAGAAAGGAUAUCUGACAGAAUGAGUGCAAAGGCCAGUGAUAAAGAUUGGCUGGCACUCCUAAAGAAGAGCGGGGAAGAAGACUGGAAAAACAGGCUGAACAAAAAGCAGGAGUUCGGCCGGGUGUCAAUCAUUGAGCGUGGCCCUCAGCUGCAAGAGAUGGAGCAGCUGUUUGCAAAGAAGGAAGAAGGAGGAGUUACAGAUGAUAAUGCCAUGUCUAAGCUGCUUUGGGAACCUGUCUAUGCUUCUACUUAUUCUCCUGCUAUAGCUGCUGCCCAUAAACUUCAUUCCUUUGUACCUAUUAAUCAGGUCAGUAGUGGUAGUUUGAAAGAGCCAAGCCCCCUGGUCUUUGAGCGUCACCCCUGGAGAUGGAAGCAGAGGAUGUCAGAUACCUGUGAAAGUCAAAUGACAAUUGAAGAAAGAAAGCAAUUGAUAAGUGUUCGAGAAGAAGCUUGGAAAGCGCGGGGUAAAGGAGCAGCUAAUGACUCCACCCAGUUCACUGUUGCUGGCAGAAUGGUAAAGAAAGGUUUAGCAUCACCUACAGCUAUAACUCCAGUGGCAUCCCCUUUCUGCAACAGACUGAAGUCAACAACACCCAUCUCAAAACCUCUGGAAGAAAUUGAAGCUAGGCCAGAUAUGCAGUUAGAAUCGGAUAUGAAGUUGGAUAAACUGGAAACUUUCUUGGGAAGGCUGAACAACAAAGUUGGCGGAAUGCAAGAAACAGUACUGACUGUCACGGGAAAAUCUGUGAAAGAAGUGAUGAAGUUAGACGAUGAAGAAACAUUUUCCAAAUUUUAUCGUUGCAUGAAUUACCCCACUUCUUCCUUGCCUUUGGAGCUGGAUGAGGACUUCGAUGCCAUAUUUGACCCUGAUGCACCGAAGUUAAUUUCCUCAGUAGCAGAGCACAAGCGUGCCGUGAGGCCUAUGCGCAGAGUCCAGGCUUCCAGGAACCCUUUAAAAAUGCUAGCAGCAAGAGAGGACAUUCUUCAUGAGUACACAGAGCAAAGGCUAAAUGUGGCCUUCAUGGAGUCAAAGCGGAUGAAAGUUGAAAAAAUGUCUGCAAACUCAAAUUUCUCAGAAGUAGCACUUGCUGGCUUAGCAAGUAAGGAGAACUUCAGCAGUGUUAAUCUGCGUAGUGUCAAUCUAACAGAACAGAACUCAAACAACAGUGCGGUGCCAUAUAAAAAGCUGAUGCUCUUGCAGAUCAAAGGAAGAAGACAUGUUCAAACAAGAUUAGUCGAACCAAGGGCUUCAUCACUUAACAGUGGCGACUGCUUCCUGUUACUUACCCCUCAUUACUGCUUCCUGUGGGUCGGGGAGUUUGCAAAUGUUAUAGAAAAAGCAAAGGCUUCAGAACUAGCCACUCUGAUUCAGACAAAGCGAGAAGUUGGCUGCCGAGCGCCGUAUGUGCAGACUAUAGAGGAGGGAAUCAAUACCCACACUCAUGCAGCCAAGGACUUCUGGAAACUUCUUGGUGGCCAGACAAGUUACCAGUCUGCUGGAAGACCAGAAGAAGAUGAAAUUUAUGAAGCAGCAAUAAUAGAAACAAAUUGCAUUUACCGUCUAGUUGAUGAUAAACUUAUUCCGGAUGAUGACUACUGGGGAAAGAUGCCGAAGUGUACACUGUUAAAUUCAAAAGAGGUCUUGGUGUUUGAUUUUGGUAGCGAAGUAUAUGUUUGGCAUGGGAAAGAGGUCAUGCUUGCACAAAGGAAAGUGGCAUUCCAGUUGGCCAAACACUUGUGGAAUGGGACCUUUGACUAUGCCAACUGUGACAUCAAUCCUCUGGAUCCUGGUGAAUGCAACCCCCUUAUUCCAAGAAAGGGACAAGGGCGGCCAGACUGGGCUAUUUUUGGCCGACUCACAGAACACAAUGAGACAAUUCUAUUUAAAGAAAAGUUUCUUGAUUGGACUGAACUGAAGAAGCCUGCCGAGAAGAAUUCUGGGGAAUCUCCUCAGAAGGAGGAAACCAAGUCUGAUGCUAAACCCUAUGAUGUCAUGCGAAUGGUCCCAGUGCCCCAGACAACAGUCGGCACAGUCUUGGAUGGGAUGAAUAUUGGCCGUGGCUACGGAUUUAUUGAGGGAGAUGAUGGCAGACAAUUUGAGAUUAUCACUGUCUCUGUGGAUGUCUGGCAUAUCUUGGAAUUUGAUUACAGCAGGCUCCCUAAGCAAAGCAUUGGACAGUUUCAUGAAGGGGACACAUAUGUUGUGAAAUGGAAGUACCUAGUGAGCACUUCGGUUGGAAGCAGACAAAAGGGGGACUUACAAACCAGGGUUGUUGGCAAAGAGAAGUGUGUGUACUUCUUCUGGCAAGGGAGGCAUUCUACUGUCAGUGAAAAAGGAACAUCUGCACUGAUGACGGUGGAGCUGGAUGAAGAGAGAGGUGCUCAGGUGCAAGUUCUUCAAGGGAAGGAACCACCAUGUUUUCUCCAGUGUUUUCAAGGUGGAAUGGUUGUUCAUGCCGGGAGAAGAGAAGAGGAAGAAGAAAAUUCACAGAGCGAUUGGCGACUGUAUUGUGUACGAGGGGAAGUUCCUCUUGAAGGAAACUUGCUUGAGGUCGCCUGCCACUGUAGCAGCCUGAGGUCCAGGACUUCCAUGAUUGUUCUCAAUAUUAACAAAGCCCUCAUUUAUUUGUGGCACGGCUGCAAAGCCCAAUCGCACACCAAAGAAGUCGGAAGGACAGCAGCCAACAAAAUAAAAGAACAAUGUCCGUUGGAAGCAGGAUUGCACAGCAGUAGCAAAGUGACGAUACAUGAAUGUGAUGAAGGGUCAGAGCCAUUGGGAUUCUGGGAUGCCUUAGGAAGAAGAGACCGGAAAGCCUACGAUUGUAUGUUGCAAGAUCCUGGGAAGUUUAAUUUCACGCCCCGCCUAUUCAUCCUUGGUAGUUCAUCAGGGGAAUUCUUAGCCACUGAAUACAUAUAUCCAGCAAGAGACCCCUCUGUGGUGAAUUCUAUGCCAUUCCUGCAGGAAGAUCUCUACACAGCUCCCCAGCCAGCCCUCUUCCUUGUCGACAAUCACCAUGAAGUAUACCUCUGGCAAGGCUGGUGGCCUGUGGAAAACAAGAUAGCAGGAUCUGCCCGAAUCCGAUGGGCUUCAGACAGAAAAUGUGCCAUGGAAACUGUCCUCCAGUACUGCAAAGGAAAGAAUGUGAAGAAACCUCCUAAAUCUUACCUAAUUCAUGCUGGUCUUGAGCCUCUAACAUUCACCAAUAUGUUUCCCAGCUGGGAACACAGGGAAGAUAUUGCUGAGAUCACUGAAAUGGAUGCUGAAGCUUCUAAUCAGAUUAUCCUUGUAGAAGAUGUGCUGGCCAAACUGUGCAAAAAGCUGUACCCGCUGGCUGAUCUCUUAGCGAGGCCUCUCCCUGAGGGAGUGGAUCCACUAAAUCUGGAAAUCUAUCUUUCGGAUGAGGACUUUGAGUCUGCAUUACAGAUGACAAGAGAAGACUAUAAUGCACUGCCUUCCUGGAAACAGGUGAACCUCAAAAAGGCAAAAGGGCUUUUCUAAAGAGCGUGGUGCUGGUAAUUACUCAAGGGCUACAGCUGGAGCAGGAUCUGUUGUCAUUUUCAACACCUCUUGGACGAGCAGCAGCAGGAUAAACUGGCGCACAUCUGUUUUUCACGAAGCAAACUAAAGUCUAUUCUAAAAUCAUGUAAUAUUGUAAAUGUGUGAGAGAACUCUUUGGCAAACUCUUACUUUGUGGGGAGGGUAGGUAAUGUUUAUGAAUCGUGUUUUUCUUUGUACUUUUAGCAGUAGUUUCUCAGACUGCUGCUGUAACUGAUCUUUUGGCUACGUACACUAUUUGCCAUUUGGGGUUUUGAAGACGUUCCCCUUUGUAAAGUGUUAUUUUGUUAAAGCUGUGGAUUUUCAGAAAGAAUUUAUAUUUAUAUGAAACACAUAGGACAAGGAUGUAUUUAACAAUGCAACAUGUAUUAUUCACUUUCAAGACUUCCGUCAAGGAAAUUUCAGGAAAGUAGCUGGACAGUGUGGUUGCUUGUACUGGACUAGAUAAACCACCGAUGUGUGCACGCUCUCUCUCUCUCUCUCUCUCUCUCUCUAGCAUUCAGAAUGGUUUCUCUUUUUAAUAGGCAAUGAAUUGGUCUCAGUGCUGCUUCAGGUGCUAAACUGAACAAAGCAUUAUCACACGGGUUUCUUGGCGAACUCUUCGAAUCUAUCUUUGAUAUCCCAAAAAUGUAUAGUGCCUUGGUUUUUUUUGUGUACAGUUUAUAUACAAAAAGAUUGGUCUGCUUUUUGAUGAUGGCUCAGAACCGUCUCCUCUGCUCUACUUUUAUAAUAGUAGAAAAUUAAGAAAAAACAUCUCAAUUUCUAAUAACUUGUUGCAAACAUAAACUGUCUUUUGUGACAAAGACUUAAAGCAAAGCUUCAGAAUAAACUCUUAGCAAUGCA